AUGUUCAGAAAUCUUAGAUAAUAGUAUCAAAAAGAUAUUGAUUUUCAUUUUUUGGAACAAUUUAAUAAAUCCUCAAUUAAUUUAAGAUGCUAGAAUCAGAAUUUACCUUUAGUGAUUAAAAAUAGUUGUGUAAGAUUAAAAUAGCAUCUAAAUCUCAAUUAACUGAACUAUCUGAAUGUAAUGUUAAAAUAUCCUAGUUCUAAAAGUAUUUAUUUAGAGAUAUUUAGAAUCAAAUAUUAUAAAAGAUCAAGAAGUUCUUAAACAUCUUUGGAAGGGUUUCUGAAUAAAAGAGAUUAACAAAUACUUCUAUCUUUACCUUUUCAUUCAAUUAAAAUGCAUUAAAUACAAGUGAUUAUGAAACUAUGGAGAAGAUAUAUCUUUCUUGUAUUAUUUUUACUGAGAUAUUAAAAGCAACGAUAAGAACACUAAAAAUUAAUUCUUUAGAAUAGAUAUCUUUAAUUAGGCACUCCUAAGAUCCACAUUGAUACAACAAAAAAAAGAAGAAGAAAUGCUAACAGUUAAUUUAAAUUAUCUACAUUUGCUGAAUAUAUUGAUGCUCAAGAUAAACAAGAAUCUAAAACUAAAAGAACAGAUGAUGAAAAAGUUAUGAAAAGCCCAGUAUAUUUGUCAUUCAAAUAUAAUGAUGUUAGAACUUGCAGAUUGCUGAGAUUUCGUAAUAAUAGUAUUCGUACUUCUAAUCCUGAUUCUCCAUUUAAAAUUAAUCAAAAACUUGACAAAAAAAAUAAAUUACCUCCUUUAUCUUAAAUAGAUAGAAGGAUGCAAAGAGUUUAUUCGAAUUUCGGUAAGUGA